UCCUGUUAGCCAAUCCUGCAUCGCGCUCGCUUAUGACGACAUUUACACUCUUCCGGGUGAACGGCGUUGUCCUGGCAGAAAUGAGUAAAGAUGAUUAAGGGAGACGGAGGCGUGCAGCGAUGGGAUCUGUCCGCUGGGCUUUUCGCUGCGGGUCUUGGACACCAAGUAGGUCUGAAUGGUUGUUUGCUGCUCAGUGCGUCCAAAGGGAAGAGAAGGACAGGAUCGGACAGUUUGUUUUCGCUAAGGAUGCUAAGUUAGCGAUGGCUGGCCGAUUGUUACUCAGGAAGUUUGUGUGUGAGAGGAUGAGAAUCCCCUGGCCACAGAUCCGAUUAGAGAGAUCACCUCGAGGGAAACCAUACCUGGCUGCCCCACUACAGGUCACCACAACUGCUGAUUCAGCCUGGAGUUUCAACCUUUCCCACCAAGGAGACUAUGCUGUUCUUGCUGCACAGCAAGGGGUGCAGGUUGGAGUAGAUGUGAUGAAGACCACAAUGCCAGGUAGCAACUCCAUCCCAGAGUUUUUCCGCAUCAUGACUCGUCAGUUUACAGCCCAUGAGUGGAGCACCAUCCAAUCGGCCGGCUCGGAGCACCAGCAGCUUGCCGCGUUCUACCGCCAUUGGACCCUGAAGGAGAGCUUCAUCAAGGCAAUUGGAACAGGUCUGGGUUUCAACCUGCAGAGGGCAGAGUUUCACCUCUCCGCUGAGCCUCUCACACAGGGAACAGUGCUGCACCAGACCAAGAUGCAUCUGGAUGAGGAACCAGAGGAAGAGUGGAUAUUUGAAGAGAGCCUGCUGGACGCUGAGCAUCAUGUUGCUGUUGCACUUGGACCAGCUAACGAUGGAUUCUCUGCACCUCGUCCUCCUCCAGCCGCAUUCACGCUGCUGUCAUAUGGUGAACUCAUCGCCUCGGCCUCGCCGCUGACGGAAGAAGAUCCUGCCUACUGGGAUAGCUUCAGAAUGAAGGCAGAGGCUCCGCAGAGACAGAGGGAUUCAUAGAUAUCUGGCUUACAACCUGUCUCACACUGACAUUCACCUGCCCAGCGCACACACACACAUUCACAUGCACGCAAGCCUUUCAAAGGUGCCAAAGAGGAAACACAAGUUCACUGACAUUGAAGCUGCUUUCUUAUUCAACACAAGUCCAGUCAAGUGCUGUCAAGUUUCUUUACAGAGCUAAAAAUCUAAAGUUUUCCUCCAGGGAAUCUGUGCCGUCUAUCUUUAGAAGUCUGCUGAAAGAAAAAAAAAUUCUUUCAACUUGCAGAAGCUGUUCAAGUUUUUAGGCUCUUUGGAUUUGUCCUGUAUUUCUCUUCUUUUUUUGCCAUAGGUCUAUUUUUUUUUUUUGCAGGACAAGGCUCAAGGCUCUGGCCUAAAGAGCAAAAUAAAAAAAAUCCUACUGAGCCUUAUGAUGUUUAUGAGAUAAGUCAAAUAUAAAUGCAUAAGUCUCUUUCGAAGACCUUGACUAAGCUGGAAUAUGGUAAAGGAGGGUGGAUAUGGAAAUAUCUGACACCACGUUGUCUUUAUGUCAGCUGGAGCUCAGCUUCACGAAUCAAAUACACACUCUACCAUCUCUGCAGCAUUUAUCAAUGUGUGGUUGGUAAUGUUUUUAUUUAAUCUAAUCAUUUGAUAUUAUGUUGAUUUGUCAAACCCUGUGCUACAUCUUAUGCCUCAUUAUACAUGUUAACCCACAGCAUUGUCAGGACCUGAAAUGCUUUGCCAAAUGACAUAUAAAUAGCCAUAAAUACAUGGUCUGUAUAAUAUUGAUGUAUAAACUUGCAGUAGAGAUAUAAAAACACUUCAGCCUU